AUGAUUAACGAAAAAUGUGAGCAUGUUAAAAUAUAUAAUACCGCAGUUAAGAUUGUAUUGCCAUGUGUUAUGGAGUGUGAUCUGAGGCCAAGUAUAAUGCCGAGAAACUCAUGCUUUGAAUACAAAGUGAAAAAAGAACAAAAAUCACUGAUGUUAAUAACAGCUGACAUUAAUAGUACAGUAACAAUCGAUGCAACCAUAGAUACUGUAGUAUUUGUUGAUGUAAACGUGUCUGCAGGAUCAUGUGUUAUAUUUAAUGGUGAUAACAAGAAUUUGGGAAUAUUACAGUCAACUGGCAUGUUUAAUCUGAAACCGUUUAUUGCGAUUGAACAGUGUUUUAAUAAGGGAAUGCGAAUGGAAGUAGCGCUUAUAAUCCAUUCAAUACAUAAUCUAUCAAAAAUAACGUUAAGUUGUUUUCGGUUUGCAGAAAGAGUAGAACUACCGAAUAAAUACGAAGAAAUUGAAUUAGACCAUGUACUUACGGAUGAGAACGUAGAGAUAGUCCUAAACAAAGCUUGCAGAAAACUGGUAAUUCGUAAGUGUAGAGUUGUGAUCAAUGCACAAAAUGUUGAUGAGCUUGAUAGCUUAUGCAUACAAUUUUCUGCAACUGAGAAAGGCAACAUUGUGUUUGUUGGCCUGAAACGAGUCAAUCACAUUUCUCUUAUUGAUAUCUUUCACAGCAUGGAUGUGAUCACAACCAUUCUGGCUGGUCUUGAAGGAGUAAAGCACCUGGAAUUCAAAAGUAAAUAUUCGAAGGAUAUGUGUGGAUUACCUAAUGAACACCACAAAGAAUCGUUGAUGAACAUCGUAUCGACCGAGAAUUACAAAAAUGAUCCGAAUUUUGAACUUAGAUAUUCAGCAAUCAAGGACAAAGAACCGGUCGUAUUCCUCCUUGGGAUGUUGAAUAUCAUGGUUAAUCUUAUUCUCAAAGCAGUGUUGAGCGAAAAAGUGAUGAAUACUGUUUCGAAGCUAAAGUUCACGUCUGUUGCUAUCGAUGCUGAUAAUUGUAAAUCACUUGGAAAGUUGUCAAAUCUCAAAAUUCUUCGAAUAUGCCCCAAAACCAUCACCAACGAAUUUCUUCAUAACCUGCCGAUGAAUCUCAAGCUACUGAAUAUUACUGACCUGGAUACGAUGGAUAGAAAUCUGAUGCCUGAACACGUAAUCAAUCCGUUGAUUGUUGCUCGACCGAAUAUAAGUCUGAAAGUUUUGGUGAUUGAUGCACAGUUAAUAUAUGAUUUUAACAGCAUUUUAUUAUCGAUACCAUCUCUCGAAGUACUCAAAAUACGGUAUUCAGAACCGAUCAAGAUCAAUUCGCAAGCACAGAGAGAUAAGAUACGAUUACAGGAACUAUUCAUUGAGUGCAGUGAUGAUCAAAUUAACGAAUAUAAAACAUCGAGGACUACAUCCGAAAUCCAUUGUUUUAUACAAAGCCUUGCACUUUACAUUAAUUUUACAUCGCUUGAACGUCUUGCGCUUGUUUCGAUCAGUCAAUCGGUGAUCAUCAACGCUGCGACUCUUAUGGUUAUCAAAUAA